GGCGGUGAUGCAACACCAAUUGACUGUCUUUAUGUUUCGCGUCAAAGUGGCCAAGACACACCUCAAUGCGGUUCUCGGACCGAGCCGUGCCAAACGUUGCCACAAGCACUGCUGUUGGUGAAAGAUGGAGGAAAGAUCUGUCUCAAUGGAACGAAUAGUGAAAUACAUCCUUACACCUGUGAAAAAAUGGGCCCUGUUAAGGACAAACCAUUGAAGCAGCUAGACAAAAGUGUGGAAAUACAUGGUUUGUUCACAAAAGCGCAUAUCACCUGUGAACCACGUUAUGGCAAUCUAGUUUUUAAGUAUCCUGACAAUCGCCUCUUUAAAUUAACUCUCUCGAACCUUGUAUUUCUCAAAUUUGGAUUCGAUCUACUCAAUGUGAGCUGUUUCAGAGUAUUUAUAUCUAGCUGCAAGUUUAUUAACAGCUCAAACGCAGUUCGUAUAUUACAGAAGGAUUCGAGGGUCAUCACGACGUCUUCCAUCAUCGUCACUGACACCGAAUUCUUUUACAAUAAAUUGUCCGUCUCUGCCAUCUUGUUUAAAGGGUUGGUUACCAUUAGAAUCUCGAGGUGUGUCUUUCAGGGCACGAAGGGUCAAUAUGAUAAAAUGUCAGGAGUUAAAGAAACAGAGGCUGCCGUGUACAUUAAGGUCUUAGGAUAUCCAAACAUGGUAUACACAGAUAGCUCAAUUGUCGAUUCUGUCUUUCAAGACCUUGGUCACGAGAACAAUGGCCUUGCUUUGUCAUAUCGGUCUUUUGGCUACUUUGUCACUGGACGUUUAUUAGUAUUUAACAGUACCUUCCUAUGCAAUGAGAAUGCUAUAUUAGUGAAAGGCGGUUUUUACGUACAUCUUCGUCAUGUGACAAUUAAUUCUACGUUUGGUUAUGUUUUAUUGGGCGGUGGACCUCCCAAAAUAAAUGCCAGGGCUCCUGAUGUAUGGCUUUUCUUGGACCAUUGCAUUCUAUCAAAUAACAGAAAAGGAAUAAACAUGGUUACUACCCGCUGCGUCAACGUGAACGGCAACGUGUGCCAGCCAAGCAGCCAAAUAUUAGUUGUAAAGAAUAGUCUAUUCGUCGGAAGGAACGAGACUCACCGGCUCGGUGACGCAAUCAGGUUGAUAGUGAAGGCGUAUCGCACUUUACACAGACCGAAUUUUAUUAAAGCCAUAGUAAUUCUUGAAAACGUCACCUUUCAAGAAUUCCUUCACCGUGUAGUCUACAUAAAAAUUCAAAGGAAUGUAACGGGCCUAAUAAACGUUACGAACUGUAGGUUUCUAAACAAUUCUGAGUUUGUUUAUCGCCUGGAUGACCGUCCAACUAUAAGGAUUGCUCUUGAGAAGGAAGACCCUCCGAAAUGCCUCAACAGAAACCACAACAGCAAAUUUUUCUGGCAUAACAAAACGCAGUUUCCGGUGGUAUUUGAGAAUUGUAUGUUUAAAAAUAACGUCGCAAUCUCAGGAGCAUUGAAUAUUUUCAAUGGAAACGUCACUAUUAAAAAUUGCACUUUUAAAGACAACGAAGGAUCAAAUCUAGGAGGGCAUAUUAAAAUGAAGAUCGGUUAUGGUACUCUCAACAUCAUCAAUAGUAAUUUUCUUCAGUCACGUUUGAGUCAAAAUACUAAUGUAGAGCGAAUGUCAAAUGAUGGAUGCUUUUUGUAUUCUGAAAGUGCUGGACCAGUCAUCAUUAAAAACUCGUCAUUUACAGCAAACAUAAACAAGAAGUUCUACCCGAUCUUAGCUGUCACUAAGAGCAGUUUAAUACAAGUAGAUGCUGCUUCUACAAUUAAGUGUCCGUCUGGCAGGUGGCUUAAAAUGGAUAUCAACAAAAAAACUGAAGGCUUUGAGUUGUCGAAACGAAUUGACAUUUGUACAUCUUGGAUGAAAGCCAAUUACGUCAAAAUAUUCUGCGAAGAGUGUCCUACUGGAUUUUAUAGUCUACAGAGAGGAUUUAUAUCUGGUUUAACUGACACUAAAGAGGAUAAAUGUCUGAAAUGUCCAUACGGAGCGUCGUGUGAAAAUGGAACCAUCAAAGCCAAAGAGAACUUCUGGGGCAUGGAAGAUUUUUCUUCCAUUCCUCCAAGUUUUCAUUUUUUUCACUGUCCUUCUGAAUACUGCAGCAGAUCAAGCCACUCCACCCACUAUGGUCAUAACAGCUGCCACGGCAGAAGAGACGGUGUUCUUUGUGGCAAGUGUUUUGAUGGAUAUAGUGAGGCACUGUAUUCAAAUUCAUGCAGAAUGAACGAGAGAUGUAAUGAUAGCUGGUUUUGGCUGGCGACUACGAUUUAUGUGGCAGCCUUUGCUGUUUAUAUUAUCUUCAAGCCUCCUAUUUUCUCAGAGCUGCUAAAAUACAGUCUCUGGUUUAAGUAUAAACCUGGCUUUAGUAAUCUACAUCAGACAUCAAGCGAAGAAAAUAAAGAACACGAUUCUGGAUAUCUAAAAAUCAUCUUUUAUUUUUAUCAAGUGGCAGAACUGGUAAUGAUUCAGUCUCCAGAGAAAACGUUUCAUCUGGUACCCAUUAUUCCUCCUAUCAUGGCAAUUUUUAAUUUCCAGGUCAAAUCAUUGAACGGUAGCAUUGGCUGUCCAUUCCCUGGUCUUACUGUCGUAACCAAGGAACUGUUUAAGUGCAUGAAGUUCCUAGCAACGUUGCUUUCCAUUGGUCUUAUUUAUGUACUUCAUCGAGCCACCAGUAAGACCCUCUACACAGCUCCACCAUCAAUGAAACUAUACCUGUCUGUUGCUUUAGAAACACUGUUGCUUGGUUAUGAAAGACUUGCUGAUACAUCCCUUAAACUUAUGCAUUGUGUUCCUAUUGAUAAGGACUGGCGUCUUUUUGUAGAUGGGACAAUUCAAUGUUGGCAGUGGUGGCAGUUCCUGCUUACCUCGUUCAUACUGUCAUUCAUCAUCCCCCUCGUUUUGGUUCUUCUCUGGGGAUCACUGAGACUUAGCAAAGACAAAGUAACAGCCAAGGAAUUUUUAAUAGCUUGCGCAUUCCCUUUGCCUUGCCUUCUAUUUUGGUUGUUUCGUGAAUAUAGAAAAAAGGAUGAUCAACAACUGUGUAACGUUGGAUGCGUAGACGAUACAGAAGAAAUAAAGCAGGUUCUCCACGGUCCAUUCCGCGCAGGCUCCAGCGAGGAUCAUGGCACCCUAUACUGGGAAAGUGUACUGACUGGCCGAAGAUUGAUUCUGUUGGUCAUCCAUACAUUCGCUACUGACCCCACUAUUCGCUUUGUCUGCCUCAGUUGCGCAUGCGUUAUUAUUCUGGUCCAUCACCUCACAGUGAGGCCUUUUCGCGAACGCAAAGCUAACAUCUGUGAAGGCUUUUCUCUGUUGAGCCUAGUUGUUAUUUGCAUCUUCAGUUUAACCGAAGCUACGCUUAUUUCCCAUGGAAUAGAUGCCACCGGUCCAAGCAAAGACCUCUUCUCUGCUUUACAGUGGAUCGAGAUAGGUCUUCUCAGCUUGGCUCCUUUGGCACUGUGCCUCCUAGUAGCUUUUUGUGCACUUUCUCAAGUCGCCCGCCUGCUGUACCACUGCAUCACGUGCCUUUCACAUGUUAUAAAUUGCAAACUUUGUACUGAAGAAAACUCGACGCCUCCGCCAUUUGUGGUUGAUUGGGACUCGGAGGAAAUUCAAGUCAUUGCAUAA